UUUGGUUCAUAUACAAGGUGUCGCCCUUUGUUUAUAAAUAGAACACCAGAUCAACAUUUCAAGGGCCAUCUAUCCAUUACUCGAUCAUGAGCUAUAAUUAUAAGUAUUUCCUCGCUUUGGUUGUUCAACAGCAGGCGGCCUUGCCAUGGCUGCUGGCCGCCAUAGCCUUUCUCUUCAUAAUAAAUCAAAGACGGCCACGAAAAGGGAAAACUCCGCCGGGUCCAAAGCCAUGGCCAAUCAUCGGAAAUCUGAACCUCCUCGGCUCCAUUCCACACCAAUCCUUAGACUCUCUGUCCCAAAAGUACGGAGAGCUGAUGCUCAUAAACUUCGGUUCCACCCCUGUUUUAGUCGCCUCCUCUCCCAAAACUGCCAAACUGGUCCUGAAAACGCACGACGUCGUUUUUGCCUCUCGCCGCACGUCAGCGGCAGCUGCGCGCCUUUUUGACGGCGCCGAACUGUUCUGGUCUUCUUACGGGCCCUGGCUCCGCCAGGGCCGGAGGAUUCUAUUCUCUGAACUCAUCGCGCCUCCGAAGCUUGACUCGCUCGAGCACGUCCGGGUUGAGGAAAGAAUGGCUCUUAUGUCCCGACUUUACGCGGCGGCGGUGGCGAGUACGCCGGUCCUGCUUCGAGACCAUCUGUCAAAACUGACGUAUUCCAUUUCAGGAAGACUACUUUCAGAUCACAAGAAAUCUUUCAAAACAGGGGACGAGAGGGAAUUGAGAACUAGGCCGAUCGAUAUGAAGAGGCUGAAUGAGCUUGUGGAUGAAUGGUUUCGACUCGAUGCGUUGGCCAUCAAUCUCGGGGAUUGGGUUCCCUGGCUGCGCCGCUUUGACCUGCAAGGCUAUGAGAAAAGAGUGAAAGCUUUUAGCGAGGAGUACGAGCAGUUUCUGGACCCGGUGAUUGAGGAACAUAGGGCGAUGAUGAAGGCCGCCGGCGAGGAUUUUGUGCCCAAUGGAUUGAUUGAUGGUCUUCUACAGCGAGCAGAUGGUCCAAAUGUUGUAGAGUCAGAGGUUGCCCUCACCCGUCAUCGCAUCAUGGCCUUAAUACAUGAUGUUGUUGCUGGCGGAACAGAUACAUCAACGGGAUUAGUGGAAUGGGCCUUUCACGAAAUGGUUAGGAAACCAAAUAUAAUGGAAAAGGCAACAGAAGAGCUAGACAGAGUUAUUGGAAGGGAGAGAUGGGUGGAAGAAAAUGACAUUUCACACUUGCCAUACAUUGACUCCAUCAUCAAGGAAACAUUCAGGUUGCAUCCACUAGGCACACUGCUUCCACAUUAUUCCAUGGAAGAUUGCAACCUCGACGGUUACGAGGUAACAAAAGGGACACUUGUUGUGGUUAAUGUUUGGUCUAUUGGUAGGAACCCAAAGUAUUGGGAGAGAGCUGGGCAGUUCUUACCAGAGAGGUUUUUGGGGAGUGAUAUUGACAUAAAAGGAAAAGAUUUUUCAUUGUUGCCAUUUGGAUCAGGCAGGAGAAUGUGCCCCGGCUACAACCUGGGAUUAAAGGUUGUGCAGGCAACGUUGGCAAAUUUGUUGCAUGGGUUUAGUUGGAAAUUGCCUGGAGAUAUGAAGCCAGGAGAUGUCUCGAUGGAGGAGGCUUAUGGAUUGAGUACUCACCCUAAAUUCCCACUUUCUUACCUCAUUGAACCAAGGCUUCCUACCCAUCUCUACCAAGUCUUUGUAUUGUAGGUGUUAUUGAUCGAAUAAAUUAACUUUAUUAUAAUAUAAGAUGAGGAGAAUGUAAAAAUUCAAACUAUCAAUAAUGUUAACUCUUGUAUUUUUCCUUGGUUAGGUAAACCAAUGAUUAAAAUUAAACUUGAUCGAUAAAAAUAUUUUCUUCCAUUAAUUGAUACUUCAAUUAUAUUAAGAUAUACGUAGUACAUGUUCCUUUUUUUUUACCCUUAAAUUAGCUUAAAUCUGGAGAAGAAUUUUGUAGUUGUUUUAGUCUAUGUUCUAAAAAUUGUUCUAGGCGUCCGACUAGUCCCCGCCUAGGCACUAGGCGGUGGCCGGGCGCCCCGAUUUUCAUCUAGGCGUUAGGCGGUGGCCGGGCGCCCCAAUUUUCGUUUAGACGCUCCGACUAAUUGAUUUGUCAUCUAGGUGAUUAGUCGGCCACCUAUGACGUCUAGUUGCCCGCCUAGAACGCCUAAUCAACCCACUACUAAAAAACUCGAAAAUAGCUAUGAAUAUUUCUUGUGAUUUUUUUUGUAGAUAAUAGUUCCAGAUUUUGGAACAAAUUUUUUGUAUCUUGGAGUUCCUCCAAAAAGUUGACGCCACUUCAAUUAUAAUAAAACAAAACUACACACCAGUCCUCUUAAACCCAAAAGCAAAUCAAAUAAUCUAAAAAGUCUACGUACGCUAGGCCUCUUGAACCCAAAAGCAAACUAGAUCCCAGAUGCCUCCCGCCUACUUGCAUCGGCAAACGUUUUCAACAUCAUCAUCCCUUCUCCUUCGAGCAGCUUUCCAAAUUCCACACUGUUCUCAAACUGAUCAUCAGGGGAUCAUAAAAGUUCAAAGUCAAUAUUUGUAUUGCUUGAAUAAGAGAGUACAGAAUCUACGUGCAAACAAGUCACUCCCUGUUGACAGACAAAUGGCUUACAAGCAAAGAUGAAAUUUAAGAGGCUACUGCAGCUCCCUUGUUCCUUGGUGGCACGACAAAUGGCUUACAAGCAAAGAUGAAAUUUAAGAGGCUACUGCAGCUCCCUUGUUCCUUGGAGUUGCCACCGUUCCUAAAACGCACACAAGCAGACAACAUAAACAAACAAAUUGAUGACAAAAUAUCAACACCAAAAUUGAAUGCCUUGUUUGGUGUAGCUAAAGUUCUAAAAGCGAAUUUGGGUUUUUACCUUCUCUGAAGUUGGACUUGAAUCUGCGGGGCACAUUGCGGAGAUACCUCAUGCGGCCAGUUCCAGUAGUCUUUCUGCGGAUUGCUUUUACACUCCAAUUAUCUAAAAUAAUAUAACGCACAAAGAUGAUAAUGAAAACAAAGUCCAAACAGCAUAUGAAUAAUAUAGAGCAGAAAAACAAAAGUAAAUCAAAUUAAGAGGGAACAAUAUCGAAAACACAAUUGAAAACAAAUCACAAAAAUACUUCCACCGUCCUGAUAUCAUUAUUACCGGGACUGCUUU